UGGUCGCGAUUGUGAUUCGCUCUUGGAGCUCUGCUAUUCCCACCGGCUCAACACUACCCUCCUCUGCCAUCGUUACCUAGCAUCUCUUCCCGUGAUAAUAAACGUUACCUGCUCUUUCACUGUGGUGUUUUUUUCCUCCAAACUCCCACACCGCCCUCCUUGUACCAUGCAUCACCAUCAGACCGAUCUUGAGAGUUUGCAUAGUCGCGACUCAACCUGCUCAAACAGUAAUUCUGGAAGCAGCUACCAGUCUCGUCAGUCUCACAGCACACAAGGUACUCAAUAUUCUGGGCCAUCGUCGAGACCACCCUUUGAGCACUACAAGACGUGUGAGGGGAGGCUAGAAGGCUCGCGCUACGAAUACUGCCAUCAGGUCGAGGACCCGAGGACCUCUACGGAGACUUACGCUUCAACUGUGCCCUCAGAAGUCGACGAGGAUGAGGACUCUUUGGUAUUCGACGGCUCUUGUCCCUUACCUCGACCCGAGGCAUACGGAAACAGCGCCGUUCCAUCCACUCCGUCAGAUUUCGCCGAAUUGUUUCCAUCGGAACGUCUUUUGUCGAUAAGACACGAUGACGCUACGCCAGACGGUAACAUGAAUCUGCGAAUUGACACAGUGUAUGAGGAUUCGCGUCGCAGCCCAGUCGACGUCACUCUGUUUCACCUUCGCAUGCACGACUUAAAAGCUAGGCAGUUCUCCUUAAGGAGAUAUUGCCGGGAAUCCGGUCGGGAAGUCUGUCAUUCUACACGAAAGUGUCAGAAGAGUGGUGUCGAGCGACGAAUGAGAAUCCACAGAACUCUCAGCAACGCAUUUGCAUCUCUUCGCUCGAUAGCAGACCAUAAAGCCUCUCGUCCGUCUGCGUCCGAAAGACUCAAGAGGUCGGAUUCUGGUCACGAAUCACUCCAGUCAGGGAAAAGUAUCGAUCUCAACCAGCAAGCUUCCGUACCACCUGGAGUCGGCAUCAGAGGUUGCGUGUCAAUCCCUACCAAUAUCAUCAAGCUUGAAUUCUCGAAUUAUGCGCAAGUAGAGAUAGAGCGCUGUGGUUCGAAGAGCAGUAAAAGGUAUGAAUUUGAGUAUUGGGGUGUGCAUUAUGCCUGGCGGCGUAUCGUAGAUCGUAUCGGUGCAAAGCAGAUAUCCUUCUGCUUGUUCCGCAACAACGAGGACCGCCUCUUAGCCCGGAUUCUACCCAUUCCCAUGAGUGGUAUGCAGCAGCGCGAAGAGCUCUCUAAGGGGGGCUGGGUUCCGCCGUGCACGAUGGAUAUUAUCGAUGGAGAGAUCAUCCAAAACCAUAGCGAAAUCUCAGAUGUCGUGGUUGCCGCAGGUCUGAUAGCUUUGGUGGAUGACUGUAUCGAGCGUCGAUUUCAUGUCAGACCUGCUCGAGGCGUUUUCAAUCACACGGCAAAGUUCAGAUUAGACAUGGACCAUGUGGGCUCCAAACGUCCAGGCGACGAACACGCCAAUCGACCUUCAACUACGAGUUCAACCGCAAAUCACCGUUCAACACCGCUUCGCAAAGGGACUUGCGAUAUGUGACGACUGCACGAUAUCACGAGUCCGCUCUUCCAGCACUG